AGAAUUGCGCAGUCGGGCCGGAGCACGCGUGAAGAAAUUUAAAAAGAAUUUAUGCCUGCAGUACACGGACUCAGAGUUUGUUUCUAAGACAGUUUGCCGUAGGCUUCUGUAUUCUGCGACGCCAGACAUAGCCAGAAUUGUGAAGAAAACGUGUCCAACCGCGCUAAAUAGCUAGCUGGCUAACUUGUUUUAAGCAGUUAGUGAUAGGCGUCGAUGUCAAACUGCAUUGCUCCAUUUAGCAUAUUCGGACGUUCGUGUAAACUUUAAGUUUAUUAUUUUUGCUGCAAUGAGUUUCGAUGGUGAACAAGAGGGAUAUCCCUUUCAUAUGGGUGACGAGUUGUUUGCGGAUGCGUUCUCUGAAGAGGUCAAUUAUAGGUUCAGCAGUGAGGAGUUAAAGAUCAGCCAGGUUUUCAGCGCUAAUCUCGGCGUGGCUGCGCAAGUGUGGGACGCUGCACUUUACCUGUGUCGGUACUUGGAAAAACUCGACCUGAAGGGAAAGCGAGUCAUUGAGUUGGGGGCUGGCACUGGCAUUGUUGGUAUUUUGGCCGCACGAUUAGGAGCUGAAGUGACCUUGACUGACCUCCCCCAUGCACUUCCUCAGCUGCAGAAAAAUGUCUCCGCAAACAGGCCCCCGUCAGGGUGGCCCUCCGUCACACCCACUGUCCUCCCCCUCUCCUGGGGCCUGGAUCAGGAGCAGUUCCCCUCAGACUGGGAUUUAGUUUUGGGUGCCGACAUUGUGUACUUGUCAGACACAUACCCUCUCUUGAUGGACACCCUCACACACCUGUGCCAGGAGGGGGCAGCGGUGUACCUGUCGUCCAAGAUGCGCAGGGAGCACGGGACGCCAGGCUUCUACGACGACAUCCUGCCCCAGCGAUUCGACACGCAGAUUCAGUGUUGUGAUCCUGCCCAAAAUAUAAGCCUCUACCAUGCUACUCUGAGGAGAAAGGAACAGAUGCAAUGAGAAAGAGAGAUGUUCAAGUUCAUAGACACUGUAGUGUGACACAUUGGGAUAACGUGUGUGAGCACUAAGUGACAGAAGAGAGAAAUAAAAGUAUUUUUUUUAUGUGGGUUGUGUGACCUUACAGGCCCUCAGGGCCAGAGAGAAAUAUUCUGUAGGCCGUGAGGUCCUGAGUUUUAAGGUUUUUCUGAUUUUUUGGAUUUGUGAAACAAUUGGACACUUUCCAUGUGUACUUCGUAUUUCACUGAUAAAGAUGAAAAUUGUUAUGAUCAGAACUUUUUGGCUUUAAAAAAAAAAACAUUUUGUGCGGUAUGUUACAGGGAUUCAGUUUGAUCUGUUUUAAUUUCAAAGUGUUUUGAGUGUCUUUAUAAAUGUAAAAUGAAGGAAUGAACAAAAAAGAAUUGAGUAAACGAUAUUGCUGCUAUUUCCAACCGCC